AUGUCGUCGAAUAAUAGGUUCAAUAUUAAGAGACCUGAUACUAGUGUUCGGGAUAAGAAGUUGGAGACUCUUAAUGCUCAGUUGAAGAAGGUGGAGCAAGAGAUUGUUCUUGUUCGUAAGCAAAUUGAGGACAGCCAGGUUUCGGAUGGAUCUCAGAGCAGCAAGCAGAAAUUGCAUGACCAGUUGAAGGAUAUUAUCAAGACGCAGUCUGAUCUCAAGUUCAAGAGACAACAGAUCCAUGAUCGUAUCAAGCAAUUGGAUGGGCAGAUUAAGCGCAAGAGUGGGGAGAUUGCGGAGAAGGUUGGUAAGAAGUUACAGUAUCAAUCACCAGGGGAGAUUAAGCAACGGUUGGAGCAGAUCGACGAGGAGAUUUCAUCGGGAGAUUUAUCUUUGGUUGAGGAGAAAUUGAGGGUCAAAGAGAUGCAAUCCUUGAAUAAGCUGUCCAAGGAUUUGCAGCACAUCGAGCCUGUCAAGAAGUCCAUUGAGAAAGAUAAGGAAACUAUUGUUGAGUUGAAGCAGGAGUUGAAUGGAUUGAACUCUAAGGAAGUUUCAGCGCAGUUUGAAUCUACUCAAUCUAAGCUCAAUCAAUUGCAGUCCGAGAACCAGCUCAUUUACGACCAAAGAUCCAAGCUGUUCACCAAGAGAUCUGCCUUGUACAAUAAGCGUGACGAGAUUUUCACUCAGAUCAAAAAGAUUAAGGGUGAUUUCGAAAACGAGUUCAAGUCGUACAAGAAGAAGUUGGAUGAAGAACGCAUGAAACGUGAGGAGGAGCAGAAGUUGUCACGUUUGCUGGAAGAGAAGGAGGAAAAGAUGAGCAAGUUGCAAGAAAAGUUGAUUCAUGCUAGAAAGCCUGCCUUCACCUACCAGAUUAAUGUCAUUGAAACGGCCUUGUUCUCUUUGGAUCCUACUUUUGUCAAACCUGCUGCGAACAACAUCGAAUUCCCUGGCGCCCAAACCGCCAAAACCAUUAAGAAGGUGGAAGCAGACGAUUUGGUCCCCAUUGUUAAAGAAAGGGAGGAGUUUUUCCCAUCUGCCGGGAAAUCUAAAAAGAACAAAAAGAAGAAUGCCUCUGCAAGUUCUGCCUCUGCCUCUUCCGCCUCUACUAAGUUCUCCUUGGAACCAACGUUGAUCGCCAUUCUUGCAGACUUGGACGUUUCUGUCCCUAUGACCAAGGAUGAUGUACCAAUUACUGUCGAACAGUUGAAGAAGAAGUACGAAGACUUUUUGUCUAGACAAGACCAGCAGACUGACAAGAACAUUGCCGAAGCAGAAGCCCAAUUGGAUAAAUUGGAAUUGGAAUACAAUGCGAAGGAACAAGAAAUUAAAAAGGAAUUAGAAGAAAAAAGGGCAAAGGAACAAGCUGAAAAGGAAGCUGCAGAAGCCCAGUAA